CUUUUUCGUUCCCCACUUUUUCCUUAUCCCCUUCCUCCUCAAUUCUCGUAUCGCAGCACAAGCCUUCAGGCAUUUAUUUAUAGUUGUGUGCAGAGGCAGGUACGAUUACACGAGUAUGUUAAUAAAAGAUUCUCGCCGUUCAGUGCGUCCUUUGACUUCGUAGCGUGCACGAAGGAUUUGCACUUGAAAAGUGCGUACGAACCGUUACCGUAAAACCGAGUUCGGUGCGACACAAAUACUGCGCGCGAGACGGUCAACUUUAAACUUCGUACAUGAUACAGCAAGAUUAUUUGUAUGGAUCAGGAACGACGUUACCAAAUCUUUGACAAACAAAUGGGCUGUGCGACCAAAAAUUCCGAAACUUCGUUCCAACAGACACUGGUGAUACGAAUUUAAUCGCGAGUCUAGCCGAAAAGUCGUCUGCAGUUCGACGGAAAAUAUUGUUCGCGCCAAGUGAUCAAUACACCUACACGAAAAAGAUUUCAAAGAUUCGUUCAAAGGUGGUGCGUCUCUGCCGUACGUUUUUUUUUUUUUGAUUUUUUUCUUUUUCGUAACGUAGAAUGAGACGUACGCGGUGAAGUGAUAAAACAAGUUGUAAUAAGUGUAGGGUCAAAGAACAAAAAUAAAAGUCCGAUGAGAGAAAAAAAAAAAAAAAAAACUGAAAUAAAACGAUAACAACACUUAUUUUACAUACGGCAGAGACUCUUUUCUUAUUAAAUUAUUACGAUUCUGGCAAGGACAAAUGAGAGGGAAAGACCCACGUUUAACGGAUAAUAGAGAAGUGUACUAUUCCUAUAGAUAAUAUAUUAUACCCAUGCGUAUAAUGAAAUAAAAUGAAAUAACUAAAAAGGAUAUUUCAGAGUAUUAAUCCAGAACUUAUCGGGGUAAGGGGAACAGGCUCACGACCCUCGGGUGAAAAAUAAAAGUGAAAGGAAAGCAUUCGUAGCGAUAAACGAGACUAUAUUAGUUCCGAGAAGAUAGAAGAUGCACGUAUCAAUGUUCCAAUUGAUCGACUGCUCUGUCUGAUGACAACAACAGAAAUGCGCAAUUAAUUUAUGGCAACGUGGAAAGUGCACGCUUGAUGCGAAUCGUCGCUUUAGUUAGUUUUUUGGUAGCGAGAACCGAGAGUUAAAAGUAUCAGGGAUCGUCACGCCAAUUCAGAGAUAGCUAUAUAUCGUUGUACGAAAAGAAAAAUUCCGUAAAAUUUUUAUUCAGAAGCUCAAUUCUAUAUAAAGCUACGACUGGUCCACUCGAAGAUGUGGCGAAUCAAAAGUAUCUCACGGAAUCAGGAUGGUUAUGGAAUUCGCAUUAUUGGCUUUCUCGCGAUCCUCCUCGUCCACCUGAUAAAUCCUUGCCAGUCCGUAAACCGUUGUUGUCCCGAAAACGUGCUAUGGCAGGACGGAUCGAACUGUACCGACGGUUCGAAAAUUCAACUCGAAUGUCCGAAUGGUAUAUUCAUAUUGGAUCCACACGAAAAUCCUGUCGGAGACAACUUUACGAUAAUCGAUGGAGAACUCGCGAUCGCCGAGGAUCUGGGACGCAUAACCGAGGAUCGAUUCUGUCUCACCAGAGGACAUAGUAAGGGUUCUACAAUUGCAUUCGUCUGUUUUGAGAAUGCACCGAGUGAAUGGCGUCAGAUCUUGUUCGGUACACUGUGCACGUGCUCGGCUCUGUUCCUGCUGGCUACUUUGACCGUGUACAUAAUCCUGCCGGAAUUGAGAGACCUUCAAGGAAAAAUCCUGAUGUCCGCUAUGACGUCGUUAUUAUUCGCCUACAUAUUACUCGCUAUUGUGCAACUGGAUCCAGAAAUGUCACUUGAAAAUGACCAUCUUUGCAAAGGACUAGCGUUCACCAUGUAUUACUGCUUCAUGGCAUCCUUCCUAUGGCUCCAUUUCGUCGCCUUCAAUCUCUGGAGAUCAUCGUGGUUUAGCAAACCACUGCUGAAAGAUCAGACGUGGUAUAUGAUAUUCAGCGUAGUCGCUUGGGGCUUGGCUGUUGCAUUCUUGAUGGGUGCACUCAUUGGGCAUCACACCAGCGGAUACAUUUUGAGUCCCGGAUUUGGCGAGCAAAGUUGUUGGUUCGCGGGAUCUCACGAGACAUGGGUUUACUUCUACGGACCUGUCGCAUGCCUCAUGACGUUGAAUGUUAUUUACUUUUCUUUGACGUGCUACGAGCUGUGGCAUAAGUACAAAGAUUUCAGUGGCACUAGAUUAAGGAUACUCAGGUUCAAGUGUAUGCUUUACUUGAAACUUAUAUGGGUCAUGGGAAUCACUUGGAUAUUCGAAGUAAUUUCCUUUGCAACAGGUUCAAAGUGGACACACUACUGGAUGAUAACCGAUGCUUUGAACAGCCUCCAAGGUUUGAUAAUAUUUUUACUUCUUGUCGCCACUCGAAAACGUGUACUCAAACUUUUGGCAAAGAAAAGACCCCUGGGAUUGAGUUUUCCUAAAAAGUGGGCUGCUGGCUAUGACGAGGAGUGUGAAGUUGUUAUUUCGGAGGAGGAGGUUGAACUCUCGCAAACGGGAUAACGGUUCUCAUUAUCGAAGUGAUUUCAUGUUAAAUAAUUGCAAACAAUCGUACCAUUGAAAAUUGCUCACCAUGUACAAUAGAGGAACAUAAUCAUCCGUCAGAAUGCACAACGGUCAAUUAUACUGACCACAGAGAAGUGUUGCAGCACUUAUGCUGGAUUUCACCGAGUUUUAUACAAUAAUAAUCAUUUCUGAUAAUACUCCGCAUAUUUGCAGUUGAUGUACUAUAGAUAUUGAUGUUGAAUCUCUGUAAAUUUCAUAUACGUAUAACUAUACAUAGACUAGAAUUCAGAAUAUAUUCGGAAAAAUA